AUGGCCGAGCCGGGGCCUGAGCCGAGCCGAGCAUGGCGGCUGUUCGCCCUGUGCGGAGCUGCAGUGUUCCUGGCAGCCGUGGCAGCUGGUGCGGCCCUGCUCGCCUGGAAUCUGGCUGCCUCGGCUGCCCAGGGGCCUCGCUGCCCGGAGCCUGGGGCCAACACCACCGUUCCACCUGGGGACCCAUCUAGGGACCCACCCGGGGACCCUCCUGAGGUCGAGGAGCUGCGACGUCAGCUGGCCGAGGCUGCCCAGCGCCAGGAGGCCUUAGCCGGGCAGCUGGACCAGGCCGAGCGUGUCCGCAGGGAGCUGGAGGAGGCACUGAGGGCCUGCGAGGGCCGCCGGAGCCGGCUUCAGACCCAACUGAAGACGCUGAAGACUGAGAUGGACGAGGCCAGGGCACAGGGGACCCAGAUGGGGGAGGAGAACGGGGCACUGACAGAAGCCCUGGCGCGCUGGGAGGAGGCUGCAGCCGAGACCAGUCUGCGGCUGGAAGAGGCGCAGCAACGCGCAAGCGCGGCCGAGGCCGAGGGUGGAGCCUGCGCGGCCCGGGAGGCGACACUGAGACAGCGCGUCAACGCCCUAGAGACCGAGAUGAGCCCCCAACGCAGAGUGUCGCGCCCCCAACCCCGAUCGGGGUCCCGGCCCCGGCCCAGUCCCCGCUCGAGAGCCCGCCCUGGAUCCUCGGGGGGCUGCCGGCGGACUGCACGGCGUGUGCAGGGGUGA